AUGUCCUACAACAAGGCUGACAAGGAUCUUGGCGAGGCUCCCAAGGCCCACAAGAUCCGCAUCACCCUCUCUUCCCGCAAGGUCAACGUCCUCGAGAAGGUCUGCUCCGAGAUUAUCGAGCGCGCCAAGAGCAAGGACCUGCGCGUCAAGGGCCCCGUCCGUCUGCCGACCCAGAUUCUCAAGAUUACCACCCGCAAGACUCCUUGCGGUGAAGGCUCCAAGACCUGGGACUCCUACGAGAUGCGCAUCCACAAGCGUCUUAUUGACCUUCAUGCGCCUACCGAGGUCGUCAAGCAGAUCAUUGUCAACAUCGAUGCCGGUGUAGAGGUCGAGGUCACCAUUGCUGCUUAA